AAGAAUCAAUAUAGAAUAACAUUUAAUAAAAAUGAAUAAACAAAAAGAAAAUUUUACAUUUUAUUCCAAUGAGUCUGAAAGUUUUACAAAAAAAUUACAUGAUAUUUGUAAUUGGAAUCAACUUGAUAAUGUGGCUAUAGAAUACCAUAAUUUGCAAGAAACUAUAUAUAUACAUUAUAAAGAACUUUUUCAUAUGAAAUCUAUGAUUUCUGAUUAUCUAAAACAUAUACAAAAUGUUGAAUUUAUUGGUAUAAAUUUUGAUAUUCCUGAAUACUGUGUAAUUUCUUUAAUACUUGGAAUUUUAAAUAGUAAGCAUAGUUUUAUAAAUAUACCUGUAGAUUCAACAGAAUUUAUAAAUUUAAAAAAUCAUUUAAAUCUAUGUUAUUUAUUUUGUACACAAAGUAAUAUUGAAGGAGAUAUUGUUUGUCAAUUUGAGAUACAUAGAGAAUGUAUUUAUCUUAUAAAAUUGAAAAAUGUACGAAAACAAGUUAUACAAAAUGCAAAACAAAAUUGUUAUGCUUAUGCAAUUUCUACUUCUGGUUCAACUGGAGUACCAAAGGUGAUCAGAGUACUCCACUCAUGUAUAGUUCCUAAUAUUUUAGAUUUGAAUAAAAUAUUGGCAAUAACAAAAUGUGAUAAAAUUUCUCAAUUUACAAAUUUUACAUUUGAUCCUAGUAUUAUUGAAAUUUUUCUUGCCCUCUCAAAUGCUGGAACACUGCUUAUGGUUUCAAAGUCAUUAAAGAAUAAUCCAGAUAGAUUGUUGAAAGUAGCUUAUUCUAGUCAGAUUACUAUAUUACAAAUAACCCCAUCAGUUUUUAUGUAUAAUUGGUCACCUGAAUCUUUAAAAAGCAGUAUUUUAAGUAAUAACACUUCGUUAAGAGCUAUUCUUUUUGGUGGAGAACCUUUUCCAAAACUUGAAGUAAUUUCUGAAACUAUGCACCCUUAUAAUAAUACUAAAAUUUAUAAUAUCUAUGGUAUUACUGAAGUAUCCUGUUGGGCUAGCAUUAAUGAAAUUUUAAUAACAGGUGGACAAUUUAAUGUACAUUACUUGGGACAGGUAUUAUCACAUACUUUGCUUCAAGUUAGAAACAAAAGAGGAGAAGUAAUAACAAGUGGUACAGGUUUUCUUUAUAUAGGAAGUAAUCAAAGAGUGUGUCUAGUGAAUGAUGAAAAUAUUGAAGAUUUAGAAUUACCAGUAUUUCGUGAUUCUGGUGAUAUUGUUGAUAUUAACGAAGACGGUAAAAUAUUUUACAAAGGAAGAAAGAAUAGUUUUAUAAAAAGAUAUGGAAAUAAAGUAGAUUUGACAAAACUUAAAGAAUUUAUAUUACAAAUAGAUUUUGUAAAAAAUUGUUAUGUCUUAUGGGAUGAUAGUUAUCAUCAUUUACAUUUGUAUUUUUCUCUUAAAAAAGACGUGAUUAAUUAUCAUAAUAUAAAUAUUAAAAUAAUGAAAUAUUUAUAUAAAUUAAAUCCUUUAUAUAGACCAGAUAAAAUUCAUUUUAUGAAUCAUAUAGAAUUUACGUCUAGUGGAAAAAUUUCUUUGAAACAUUCAAAAGAACAUUAUAUACAAGAAAAAAUAACACAUAAAGUAAUAAAUAAUAUUGACUUACAACAAAUUGAAGUUGCGUUUAAAUCUAUUUGGGAAAAUAAUCUACAACAUAAAAAUAUUGGAUUUGUAAAAUUGGGAGGUACAUCUAUAGUAGCACUUCAGAUAUCGAAUGCCAUGUCUGAAAUAUCAAACAUAGAAUUUCCUAAAUUAAUUGGCAUGCUUUUAAUGGAUUCUACUAUUGACGAAUGUCUUAAUUAUAUAAAAAGUAUUAUAUUAAAUAGUCAAAAUGGAAUAAUUAAUCUUAAAUCUCAUAAUAAUAUUAGAGAGUUACCUUUAAUCACUGCUAUUACAAUAGAAGAUGAAAAAUUUUUUAGAGAUUCUAAUGAAAAAAACAAAAAAUAUGAUUCAAUAAUUCAAAUAAAUGACAUUCAUUUAUGUGAGUGGUACAAAUGUAGAGGACAAGUAUAUAAGUAUGUAUCAGAUAUAAAUGAAGAAUUUAAAUUACAAUAUGAUACAAUUUCAAAAGUAAAAAUACAAAAGACAUAUGAUAUGAAAAAAUGUGUAGAUGCAUCACCAACUAUAUUUCGUUAUUCAGAUGGAAAAACAUAUGCAACAGUUGGUUCUCACUCUGGUUUUAUUUUUACCUUUGGAUUAGAAAAAGAGUAUCAUAAUCCUGUAUUUGAAAUCAAGCUACCUGAUAGAAUUGAAUCUUCAGUUCUGAUUUUGGAUAAUUUUAGAGGUAUAGUAGGAUGUUAUGAUGGUAAUAUAUAUUGUUUUCAUUUAAAAACGGGAAAAUUUAUUUGGAAUUAUAAAACAGGAAAUGUUGUAAAAAAUUCUGUGAUAUUUUGUAAAGAAAAAGGAAUAAUAUUUGUUGGUUCUUAUGAUUGUUACAUAUACUGCUUAUCAGUCAAAGAUGGAUCUGAAAUUUGGAAAUUUAAAUUCGGAAAUGGAAGCAUUAACGCUUCUGGUUGUUUACACUUUCAAUCAGAUACUGUAUUAUUUGGAACUUUAGAUGGAUUUUGUUUAGCUCUUCAACAAUUAUCAGGAAAACUUGUAUGGAAAUAUAAAUUAUCAGAUCCAAUUUUUGUUGCUCCUGUGUCAUUGAAUAAUGGACUCGUUUUAUUUUGUUCUGUAACAGGAUUAUUAUGUUGUUUUGAUAUUGAAGUUAAUGUUAAGAUGUGGACGUACAAAAUUAAUGGUAAUAUAUUUUCAUAUAUUGUGAAACAAAAUGAUGAAAAAUAUGAAAAUAUUAUUUUAGCUAGUCAAAAUAAGAAUUUAUACUGUUUAGAAUCGAAAGAUACAAACUUUAAAACUAAACCUACAUUGAAAUAUGUAUUAAAUUUUCAUUCGCCAAUUUUGGCCACACCUUGGUGUGAAAAUAAUUUUUUGUUUGUUGCAUGUAAGGAUGGUACUUUAAAUAUUUACAACUCUAUAAAAAAUAGAAUGAUAAAAAUUGAAAAACUUCCUGCAGAAGUUUUCUCAUCACCUGUUGUUAAUAAUAAUGUUGUAAUUAUUGGAUGCAGGGAUAAUAAUGUUUAUGUUUUAGAACUUGUUUAAAUUUUUUCGUUACGUGAAUAACGUUUUAGAUAAAGUAAUAGGAAAUCACAUACUUUUUUUUUGUUCAAUAAAUUUUAUACAUAAUACAAAUUCACGGUGCGCUUACAGUUUGAAGAGAAAUGCAAGCGAAAUAAGAAAUUCUGAAAAAUAGCCAAUCACUCAAUAACAAAACAUUCACGCAUACGCAAGUGCACACGUAUAAUAAUUUUUAAAGUAAUUCUAUACAUAAUUAUCCUUUUUAAAUUAUUAAUGUGUUUUUUAAAUUUAUAUUAAUGAUCUUGUAAAUAUUAGACAAAGAAAUAUUCCAGCUCUCAGGCUUACAUAAAAUAACAACAUUUCAACGAUUCCAUUUUUUUUUUUUAUAUUCUCAUUCAUAUUUAAGAAUGAGAAAG